GGUUGAUUCGUGAGCAUUCGCUCAGAAGAACCACGGGGCCGGCGGGAGGGGGACGGAGACCUGCCCGUCGCCCGACGGGGACCGAGCGGGGGGCAGCCCGGGCGGGGGAUGGACGCAGAGAAGAUGGAUGAGAAUGAAUGGAAAUACCACGGGGAAGGGAACAAGAGCCUCGUCGUCUCCCACAGCCAGCGUUGUGUGGUGCUGCGUUUUCUGAAGUUUUCCCCAAACCGCAAUAAGGCACCAGAGGAAAUCUUACGCCACCUGCAAAACAUAGUAGACUUCGGAAAACACGUCAUGAAACAGUUUUUUGGAGAGAAAUAUGUUCAUUAUGGGGAAGUUGUUCAGCUACCUUUGGACUUCGUAAAACAGCUUUGUUUAAAGAUCCAGUCUGAGAGGCCAGAGUCUCGCUGUGAUAAAGACUUGGACACUUUUAGUGGCUAUGCUAUGUGCCUUCCUAACCUCACCAGGCUGCAGACCUAUCAUUUUGUGGAACACCGGCCAAUCCUUUGUGUAGAGAUCAAGCCGAAAUGUGGGUUCAUUCCUUUCUCUAGCCAUGUUUCGCAGGAGAUAAAGCACAAGGUGUGCCGUUAUUGCAUGCAUCAGCACCUAAAGGUAGCAAAUGGAAAAUGGAAGCGAUUGAGCAAAUACUGUCCCCUAGAUCUCUUCUCAGGAAAUAAACAGAGAAUGCACUUUGCCUUGAAAAGCUUAUUACAGGAGGCACAGAACAAUUUAAAAAUAUUUAAGAAUGGUGAACUAAUUUAUGGCUGUAAGGAUGAUCAGGACUCUCUCUCUGACUGGAAUGAACUUGCUCGUCACUUAAAACCAUUCUUCUUUCCUGCAAAUGGGUUGGUCAAUGGACCACAUUGUACAAGGACAAUUAUUAAAGAAUUAAUCCAUGUAAUAACAAUGACUCUACUUAGUAGUACUGAUGCCUGCAGGGCAGGUAACAUGAAGACGGUUCCCAUUUCACGAGGAAGGAGCUACUGUGAAGCAAGUGCUUUCAGUAAGGAGCUGGUAAGAAAUGGUAAAAAUAAAAUGGAGGGCUCUGGCUUACCAAGGGGCUGUCUCCUUUAUAAAACCCUUCAGGCUCAGAUGCUGGACAUGCUGGAUAUUGAGGGACUUUAUCCUUUGUACAAUAGAGUUGAACAAUACUUAGAGGAGUUUCCUGAGGAGAGAAGUACAUCACAGAUAGAUGGACCUUACAAUGAAGCAUUUUAUGAGAAACUUCUAGAUCUUUCAACUGAAGAUGAUGGAACAGAAGCAUUUGCAUUUACAAAGGUUCAGCAGUACAGAGUAGCAAUGACAGCUAAGGACUGCUCCAUCAUGAUUUCCCUUUCACCUUGUCUACAGGAUGAAUGCUCUGCUCAAAGGCCUGUCGUUCUGGCAUCCAAAUCCAGAUUCACCUUUUCAGUUUCUGUCCUGGACCUAGAUCUUAAGCCAUAUGAAAGCAUUCCACAUCAGUACAAACUUGAUGGCAAGAUAGUAAACUAUUAUUUGAAGAAUGUACAGGCCAAAGAUGAUCCAAUGAUGUCAAAUCUGUUCAAGGAGAGUGAAGACUGCACACUAGUUCUCCAUAAAGUGUAACUGUUUCCUUAAGG